AGCUAAGCGGCGGGGCGAUGGCCGGCUGUGGGCGAUGACCAGGCUUCUGGGCGUGGCGCGCAGCGUUGCUUUGGCCGCCGUGCGCUGCAGCAGCUGCGGCCGCAGCGGCCUCAGCAUGUUUUAUGCCGUGAGGAGGGGCCGCAAGGCCGGGGUCUUCCAGACCUGGAGCGAAUGCAGAGCGCAGGUGGACCGCUUCCCGGCCGCGCGCUUUAAGAAGUUUGCCACGGAGGAGGAGGCCUGGGCCUUCGUCGGGAAGCCCGCCAGCCCGGGCGGCGCGGAAGAGACAGAAAAUAAGCAUGAACAAGAAUCACAAGCGAAAGCCAACAAGCGACUCCGUGAGCUCUCGGACGGAGAUGAAAACGCAGAGCCCUGUGCAAAGCAGGCAAGACAGACCACGGGAUCCGUGCCUUCAGUUGACAAAGACACAUUUUCUUAUAUGGGAGAAUUUGUUGUCGUCUACACUGAUGGCUGCUGCUCCAGCAACGGGCGGAGGAGGGCACGAGCAGGCAUAGGUGUUUACUGGGGGCCUGGCCAUCCUUUGAAUAUAGGCAUUAGGCUUCCCGGGCGGCAGACCAACCAAAGAGCAGAAAUUCAUGCAGCCUGCAAAGCCAUCGAGCAAGCAAAGGCUCAAGACAUCAAGAAGCUGGUUCUAUAUACGGACAGUAUGUUUACUAUAAAUGGGAUCACGAAUUGGGUUCAAGGCUGGAAGAAGAAUGGGUGGAAGACGAGCACGGGGAAAGAGGUGAUCAAUAAGGAGGACUUCGUGGCGCUGGAGCAGCUCACCCAGGGCAUGGACAUCCAGUGGAUGCAUGUUCCUGGUCAUUCGGGAUUUGUAGGCAAUGAAGAGGCGGACAGAUUAGCACGAGAAGGAGCAAAGCGAUCUGAGGACUGAGCGAGGUCGUCGUCAUUCUUGGACAGCUGGAGUGAGUGGCUGUUUGCUUGCCUUUCCUUACUGGUGUGAAAAAUAAAACUUGCACUAGAUGGGGAGAUACAACCUGCAGAAAAGUAAUAAAUCCGUCAUUCUGGGAUAUCCUGUGAUAAAAAGGAGUUAAAUUCUAACAAAUUGACAUCCUUCAGGAUUUGAGCAUGACUUGAAAUUUCAGCAUUAUGCUUUACUGGGUUUGACACUAUUCACAGUUUCAUUGCCAUCUGGACAGAAAUUUUAGGACUGAUUUAAUACGG